AGGAAGAGAGCCAUCCUCCUAGGCCGGAACGGGUGUGAGCCCAGUAAGUCCCAGCCCCCUGGCGACGUGUGACGACAGAGUCGCCAUGGCCAGCUAUCCGUACGGGCAGGGCUGCCCAGGAGCUGGAGGACAAGCUCCCGGAGCCCCUCCUGGUAGCUACUACCCUGGAUCCCCCCAUGGUGGAGGGCAGUAUGGCAGUGGGAUACCCCCUGGUAGCGGUUAUGGAGGAGGUGCUGCCCCUGGAGGACCUUAUGGACCACCAGCUGGUAGAGGGCCCUAUGGACACCCCAACCCUGGGGGACUGCCCUCUGGAACUCCAGGAGGACCAUAUGGAGGUGCAGCCCCAGGGGGCCCCUACGGUCAGCCACCUCCAAAUUCCUAUGGUGCCCAGCAUCCUGGGCCUUAUGGACAGGGGCUUCCUCCAGGUGGCACCCCUCCCAAUGUGGACCCUGAGGCUUACUCCUGGUUCCAGUCGGUGGACUCGGAUCACAGUGGCUGCAUCUCCAUCAAGGAGCUGAAGCAGGCUCUGGUCAACUCCAACUGGUCCUCAUUCAAUGACGAGACAUGCCUCAUGAUGAUAAACAUGUUUGACAAGACAAAGUCGGGCCGCAUUGAUGUCUACGGUUUCUCGGCCCUGUGGAAAUUCAUCCAGCAGUGGAAGAACCUUUUCCAGCAGUAUGACCGGGACCACUCAGGCUCCAUUAGCUGCACAGAGCUGCAGCAAGCUCUGUCCCAAAUGGGCUACAACCUGAGCCCCCAGUUCACCCAGCUCCUGGUCUCCCGCUACUGCCCACGCUCUGCCAAUCCCUCCAUGCAGCUAGACCGCUUCAUCCAGGUGUGCACCCAGCUGCAGGUGCUGACCGAGGCCUUCCGGGAGAAGGACACAGCUGUGCAGGGCAACAUUCGGCUCAGCUUCGAGGACUUCGUCACCAUGACAGCUUCUCGGAUGUUAUGACCCAGCCCAUCUGUAGAGAGUGGAAUGUACCAGGGACCUUUCCUGGCUCCAGAGUAGGAGAAGCAUAUGGGCCUGUCUUCUGUAUCUGUCCCUCCUAGAAAAAGAUUCUCCCUUGCCUGAUGCAGCACUAUUCCUGAAGAGAGCUGGGAGUCCUGCGUCACAGCCAGCCACAGUGGGGACCUGGGCUGAGGCCACACAGGUAGGGGCCUGACCUAAGAAAGGACUGAAAGUUCAAUGUCCUUACAGCCCUGGUCAUUUAAAUGGCACAGACUUGCACCAGGCAUAGGAGGUAGCAGUCACCGCAGUGGAGUUAGUGUCUAGUCAGCUGGGCUCCAGCCUCUAGCUUUCCCUGCUGGUCCUGAUGCCAGUGUAAGUGUUCAUCAGCCUCUUAUAUUAGCACCUACGUUCCCUCACCCAUUCUGUCUAGUUUCUCCAAAGUAGAGUCUGAGCAAGCAAGAGAGAGGUUUGCCCACAGGACCAGUGGCUUAGAUCCCACCACCCCCACACUCACAAGUCCGUGUGUGUUAACUUCUAGCUGCCUGGGGGCUGCACCUGCCCAGGGAGCUUGGACAGUGUUCUCUGGGCAAGUUUGGCCAAGCUACCUCUCUGCAGAUUGGACCCCUCACUUGCCCGCCAUUCUCGGCCAGGUUUCAGUCCCCAGGGGACAGUUGCCACCUCCCACUGCCAAUGCUGUUUUUUUUUUUUUUUAUCUGUGAUUUUUGCAUUUGGGGCCAAAAAUUCAAUGAAACUGUAAGCUUCAAUAAAAGGAUAAAAUGCUGGA